CUUGGGGUGGGAGUUGACUGUUGAGUGGGAGAAUGUGAAACAAACGUGAACAACGUUAAUGCACCAAAGUGACAAUCUGGAAAAGGGAAGUGUAAAAAAAUAGUAUUGUUAUGUUACCAUUACUUAUGUUUCACUUCUUGGUUAAACUAAUCCAAUCUUUAUGUUUAUGUUAGUCUUUUCCAUGUUGUGCCUAAUAUAUUUUCUUAUUCUAGUAAAGUUUGAACAGAAGAAACAAUAACAAUACACUACUGGUACUAAAUAAGACUUACCAUUUAUGCAGUUUCCUGUCUUCUGCUCAUCCCUGUGCUUUCUCUCUCUGACAGGAGAUUUCAUAAUUUUAUUUUUUUACUCUAUUUCGGAUUUGAAAAAUCCCAUUUUUUAAGCAUAUUUUGAGCGACUUGUUCCCCAUUUCUCUGCAAUACGUUAUCAUAUUCAAUGAUAGUUACCGCACCCCCUUAUAGACUGGUAUGAAGCUACCUGGCAAAUGUCACAAACUAGCAUUUUGAGCUAAAAAUGCAAUCUUUUCACCUUCAAUUGUGGAUCUAAAUUUUAUGUUCUUUCUUGAUUUUAAAGACAACCCAUUUAAAUUAAAGCUAUAACAAUGGUGGGUUUGAUAGAAUCUUGGUGUUUCUGUAAUGGAGGUGGCAAGACUGAGAAAAUGAAAGGCACCAUUUUUACAGGCAAAGGUUCUGCUAUGGCUCAUAUAGGUGAAAAUGGCACUGGUUUCUUGAUCCACCGGAAUUUACUAAUUACUACACAUGUAAUUCUUCCUUCUGUGAAUGCUGCUGAAGGUGCUGAGAUCCGCCUUCAAAACGGUGUCGUUGCUUGCCUUUUUCCCCACAGAUUCUUCAUUACCAGCACCAUACUAGAUCUGACUAUAGUGGGCCUUGAUGUCAUGGACGGAGAUACAAAUGCACAUGUUCAGCAACCUCACUACCUGAAAACUUGUUCCAAACCUAAUCUCGAGCUGGGUAAUGUCGUUUACCUGUUAGGUUAUAGCGAGAAGAAAGAGUUAACAGUUGGCGAAGGAAAAGUGGUAAUAGCCACUGACAAUCUUAUAAAGUUGUCAACCGAUGGAAUAACUUGGCGCCCGGGCUCUGCUGGUUUUGAUGUAAAUGGCAAUUUAGCCUUCAUGGUAUGUGAUCCGAUGAAGCUAGCAAAAUCUCCUAACUCGAAAUCCUCAUCAACUUCACCAUCCCCAUUAUCAUCACGGAAUCAGGGUAUUCCUAUGCAAUUUGGUAUACCCAUACCUAUCAUAUGCGACUGGUUGAACCAACACUGGGAAGGAAGCCUCGAUGACCUCAACAAGCCAAAGUUACCGCUAAUUCGGUUGAUGUCUGCUGGGCAAAAAAGUGAUCAUUCUUGUGCAUCCUUCACGAUGCGGCGUGUUUUUAAGUCAACUGAAGCUGAAAAUGACGGGACACCAUCAUCUUCGAACCGAUUGUCCAGACCUAGAGAGGAUCUUGGACCAAGCCGUUCUGCUACUAACACUAAUUUGGAAGAGGAAGCAGUAACUACUGAUCCGCAUGCUAUCACUCAUGUCCAGGGAAUUCCAACUCCUGAAAUUUUUGAGUCGCGGAGGUUAACUUCAAUACAAGUUAGGAAGAAGGAAAGUACUCAAAUCCAGCUUUUGGAUAUUAACUUUCCACCAAAGAUUAUCAAAGCUGAUGAUAAUUGUAUCAAUAAAGCGAGAGAAGAAAAAUCUAGUGACAUCGGCCAGCCAAGCCCUGUGCCAGACGCUGAGGUGUCCUCGACUGGAUCUGUUAAUGGGGCCCAUCAGAGUGAGGUUGAAUCAAGUUGCUCUCUCAUAGAUGUAUUAGAAGCUCAAAAUGAAUACAGCAGUGAUGGAGAGACAACAAUGUACUCCGCUGAAACUGCUGAAAGCAGAAACUAUCCAAGUCCUAAAGGGGGAAGGUUUCAGCAAGUAGGAAGAAGCCAAAGUUGUGUUAACUACAAUAGAUGGGGUCCGGUUUCGAAAAAUUCAGCAGCUCGUAUUAGGGUAAUGCAAGAACAGAAGAGGGGAGUUAUGCAAGGAAGAAAGGUCUACUCUCAAGGGGCAAAUUCUCAUAGGAGUAAUAGUAGUAACUAUUACAGCCCGACAGUAUCUUCAAUCGUGAAGAAACGGAACAACUUGGAGCCACAAACAAGACCACCCCGUUUAAGUACAGGAAAUUCAUCACCGAGAUGGAAUUUCUGAUUAAUAAAUUCUGAAAUAAAAUCAUUCUUUAUGUCAGUAACUUUAUGUUGGGACGACAUUGCAAAGGAAUAAAGAAAGAGAGAAAAAUCAAGGUAGUGGUCAUUUACUGAAAGUUCAAUGACAUUCUGUGAAGGAGAAAAGAUCCUUGAGGCAUCUUCAACAGUCCAACAUUUUCACCAGUUAACGAUUGGUUAGUAACUGCUGCUUAUCAUUCUGUUUGCUGAGAAAGCAAAAUAGGUGGAUAUAACAUACAAUUCAAGUGUUAGGGAAAGUGAAAACAAAGCAAAUGUUCGAUAUUGUGUUCUCUGAGGUAAAUAAUACUCGCGAAAAUUGACUUGCUUUUCCUGAAGAUCAAGUUGACCUCAUUUUGAUGCGAUUCUUUAUUAGAGUACAUUGUAUUAUGUGUAUUUACUCUAUGCAAAUCAAUAAAAUUGGCUUCACUUUCA